AUGGCGCGGACCAUUCAGUCAGGUCCGAAAGGGAAGGCUGUUGGUGCAAUGGUGGUUGCUCCUCGCCUGGGUAAAACAGGCGCGGUGACCUCCGUUCAAAAGCAAAAGGUGGAACGAGUUGGGGUAUCUCAAAAUGUCGAGACCGUGCAGAAUAACGUGAAGGUGAGGCAAGAGUCGGCAGUGCAGCUUAAACAGAGUCAGGAACUGGUUCAGAUCAUGCUCAAUGCAUCGAUCGGAUCUCUAUUUUACCUGAGGUGGGAUCGAUCUAAUGGGCCUGCUGAAUUUCGACUGAUUUCUAUCCAUAGGGGAUUCCUUCCAUUGACGUGCUUCGACACGCGGUACUUGGAGACCAAGUCAAACGCGAGCAUUUCCUAUAAGGAUUUUAUCGAACAGGACUCUAACUCAAAAGUAUCCACUAAAAGCCAGCCGUUGAGAAUUCUACUAAGGAACCGUGGUCCCACCGCCGAUGCCAUCCUGGAUCUCCUGGAACAUGGAGUAUUCGAUGCCAUUGAUAAAUGCGUUUUAGAAGCUGUGCAGCUUACCAUUAGCCGUGAAAGAGACAAUCCUCUGCACAUCCUCGAAAGCUACACAUUCUCUUUUGCUUAUAGGCUUAACGACAAGGAUAAGACUGGGAAUCUAGCGAGCGUGUCGCUUGAUAACGGCGAAUGCAUCAUGGAAAUGGGGACUUUCCGAACUGCGAAGAUGGGACUAGAAAUGAUCAUCCGACGGCUAAUAACGCUCACCAAGAGAUUUCUUCAUGUCCACUUGAUGUACACCGAAGAUUGCCCGCCUACCUAUGAACCACCGGGAUUUAAGAGCACCGCCGUUGAAGAAAUUUCCUUUCCCCGGAUAGAGAACUGGACAAAGGAAACACAGUCUUGCGGUGUCAUGCAUGGGCCUCACCACAGUGUUAGCUUGAAAGUCACUUCCCUCCAGUGGUCUGGGGUUGGCGAUGAUCAGAUUCCCGACAGUCUCGAGUACUCAGAUGGGACCUCGCGAGAGUGUGACAUUGGGAUUGACCAACCUGCUGAGGCCCAGGCUGAAACGCCAGGAUCCCCACGAGAUUACCCAGAAGAAUUGCCGCAUGAGUCAACUCAAAUCCGUAAAGAUGUGGCAGACCGAAGAUUUCUUCAACAAAUGCUCGAACCCUCCAGUGUUGACACCAGCAUGGAUCCUACACAAAAGGUUUUCUAUUCAGACGCAGGCGCUGUUCUCAAACCCCAGCUUUCUCAGAACAAGGCCACUGAAAUCGCUAGAGAGAGAAACCAAUCACCACGAGCACAUCUGUUGCAGCCUACAAAUAGCGACGCUGUGCCCGUUCGUUGCCAAUGUGGCUGGAAUCGAGAGGAAGGAGAUAUGGUUAGUUCUGUCUAG